AUGUUGAUUGCUGCCAAGAAAGGUACUUUUGCUUACCAUACAAUUAAGCAUUUGCAAAGUUUCAGGUCCUCAGACUGCACGUCAAAACUUAUUGUAAGCAUGUUUGAACCUAAAUUUUCGGCAGUUCGAACCAAGACUGAGGCGAUUGUAAAAAAUGUUUUAGCUCAAGGGGCUCAAUCCCAAUUAGAAAUUGACCUUCGAAAAGCAAAUUUCGUCAUCAUCACAAUCGAUUCGUCGAAUCAUAGAGAAAUUAAAGUUGUACCCUUAAUGGUAAGAUAUUUUGAUGGAUAAAAUGGUGUCCAAGUAAAAUUACUUCAGCUACGUGACUUACCUGGUCCAACAUCAGAGCAGUUAAAAGAUUACGUGGUGUAUGUUUUGAAUUACCAUAAUCUACUAUAAAAAUGCAUCGGAAUGUCUGCUAAUAAUACAAAUACAAAUUUUGGUGGAAUGAGAAGAAAAGGAGUGAACAAUCUAUCCAGCAAAUUAAAUGCUUCUCGUGCCGAUUUGAAGUAUUUCGAACUCAUAA